CCGCCCCCUCCUCAUAUGACCGGCUUCGGCGCUUGGGCUUGCUGCGCCCGCCCGCGUCUUCUUCUUUCGCGCCUCUCCCGCCGCUGUGAAUCGCGAUGGACGCGCGUUUAAGCCUCUUCGGCCGCUUUCUCUUCCCGCUCGCCUUGCUGCUGCUCGACGGAUCCGUUCUUUUCCAGACGCGAGCUUUGGACGUCGAGGUGAGAGACGAGGACAACAUGACUUGUCUCUACGCGAAGCUGAUGGUGAACAUCUCCAUCAAGUAUGAAACACAAGAGGAUACAUACAAAACCGUGGCCUUCAUGCUCCCGUCGGCCUUGCGGUACGACGGAAGCACGUGCGGCAACGAGACGAGCGGCCCGAUGUUGGCCGUGGAGUUUGGGGACGAGCACUCGUGGGUCAUCAGCUUCGCCGAGAAGGCCGACAUCUACCAAGGGAUCAUUACCUUCACCUACAACACCAACGAUGCGCAGUUGUUUCCAGACGCAAAAAGGAUGGGGCUUGUCACCGUCUCCGCCAAUUACCCCCCGGAGGCUGUGAAGCUGGACACGGUUUACAGCUGCCGAAGCAUCGAGACCAUUGAGUCCGACAACGUGGUGCAAGAGAUCUGGGACGUCACUCUGCAGGCGUUCCUCGACCAAGGGGCCCAGAGUAACAUCGAGACUGUUUGCGACAAAGACAUCGUGGUCACCACCACAGUAAUAUCUACCAUGCGUAUCACGGCGCUUGCCGUCACCGCCGCAGCAAACACCCCCACGGCUCCUCCCACCCCGGAGCCUCCGUUGCCUCCUUUGCCCACGUUGGUGCCGGUGGAACCGCCCGCCACGGGGAGCUACUCGCUCAGCGACCACAGCGUCACCUGCCUUCUGGCCACCCUGGGCCUCCAGCUCAACAUCUCCCAAAAGGUUCCUCUGAUCAUUAACUUCAAUCCGAACACCACGGUUGCUAGUGGUAGCUGCGGCAGCCAAGUCUCUGUGCUCACGUUGACCGACGACAGAUGCAAAGUGGACUUCGUCUUUGCCGUGAAAAACACAACCAUCGAAAGAUUUUCUCUGACGGAAGUGAACAUCACGGUGAUCGAAUCGAAGAACGCGACGCUCAAUGCCGCAAACCGGAGCCUCGAUUACUGGGACGCGACCGUGGGGAGCUCCUACAUGUGCCGGAAGGAGGAGACGCUGGCCGUGACGCCCGGCUACAAACUGAACAUCUUCGACUUGAAGGUCCAGCCGUUCGACGUGAAGGACAACCAGUACGCCACAGCGGAAGACUGCAGCCCAGAGGUGGACAACUUCUUUGUGCCCAUCAUGGUGGGAGCGGCUCUGGCGGGAUUGAUUUCCCUGGUUCUCUUGGCUUAUGUUUUUGGCCGCGGGACCCGCCAGGUUGGCUAUGAGCAUUUCUGAGAAGGGAUGUUCUGGGCGAGAUGUGCCUCUGAAGAGUUGGCCACUGCAACGCACACCUUGAGAACGAGGCCGGUCUCCGUGCAACGCUCCCUGCGUGCUGCGCCGGCUCUUCAUUCGCAGAAACGGACUCGUUUCGUAUUGUAAUUUAAGCCGUGCCAAUACACCCGGUCCAGUGUAAUUUGCCUUGGUCCUUAAAACGGGCUUCCCAAUGAACCACGGUGCCUCAGUCGGUGUGGCUUCCUCUCCCUUUCGGAUGCAAACACUACGGUAUGUCUUGGCCAAAGUUAUAUUUACGCGAGGCGGUGUAUAUUGGAUGUGAAACUACGAGAACGAGAGGAAAAUUAGGAAUCCGGAAAAGGCAACCGGGCCACAUAUCGCCAAGUCUCGCUUCUGAAAUGCAAGUCCCGACUUGCAGAGAAACACCGUUCAAAUGGCACUCAUUUAAAACAAUGUACGAAAGACCAGAUACAACCCGUUGCAUGGAAUUGGAUGGAUUUGUUUGGGGUGCACUGAGCAUUGUGCAUUUUAAUGCACACUGUGUUGUCAAAGGCUUUCCGUGUUCCUGGAUUGCUGUGAGUUUUAAAGGCUUGUCUGGCCAUCUUCCAGAAGCAUUCUCUCCUGAUGUUUCACCCGCCUCUAUGGCAGGCAUCCUCAGAGGUUGUGAGGUCUGUUGGAAACUAGGCAAGUGGGGUUUAUAUACAUAUACAUAUAUACACAUACAUAUUCACACAUGCAUAUACACACAUGCGUAUACACACAUACAUACAUGCAUACACAUACAUAUAUACACAUAUACACAUACAUAUAUACACAUACAUAUACAGUAGAGUCUCACUUAUCCAACAUAAAUGGGCCAGCAGAACGUUGGAUAAUAAGGAGAGAUUAAGAAAAAGCCUUUUAAACAUCAAAUUAGGUUACGAUUUUACAAAUUAAGCACCAAAACAUCAUGUUAUACAACAAAUUUGACAGAAAAAGUAGUUCAAUAGGCAGUAAUGCUAUGCAGAAAUUACUGUAUUUACGAAUUUAGCACCAAAAUAUCACGAUGUAUUGAAAACAUUGACUACAAAAAUGCGUUGGAUAAACCAGAACAUUGGAUAAGUGAGUGUUGGAUAAAUGAGACUCUGCUGUAUAUACAUACAUAUAUACACAUGCAUAUACACACACACACACCUGUGGAAUGAUGUCCAGGGUGGGAGAAGGGACUCUUGUCUGUGACAAGUGUGAAAUGUUGCCAUUGGCCACCUUGAUUAGCAUUGAAUGGCCUUGCAGCUUCAAAGUCUGGCCUUGCAUUCAGAAAACGGGGCAAAUCCAGACAAGAAACAAUCAUCAGGGCCAGCUAACACCUCCCAACAAAGGAUUCCCCCAGGCAAGAAGCAGCCAGGCUUUGAAUCUGCAAGGCCACUCAGUGCUAAUCAAGGCGGUCCAUUGCAACAUUCACACUUGCCUCCGACAGACAAGGACAUAGAUAAAUAUCAACCCCACUUGCAUAGUUUUCCAACACCCCUCGCAACUUGAAAAUGGUUGUCAUAGAUGUGGGCGAAACGUCAGGAGAGAAUGCUUCUGGAACAUGGCGCUAGAUCCCGGAAAACUCACAGCAACCUUAAUGCAGAGUGUUGGAAAACUGAGCUGGUUCUCUGCCCAGGAAAUGGAAUAAUGUAUUGAAAAAAGAGUGAAUGAUCAUGCUCUUGAGCAUAUUAUUGAACACUUUGAGCCUCAUUUAUGGACAUUGGAGCAUGGCCAUCCUCUCUGUCCAUUAAAUGCACUGAACGUGUUGAUUUUCCCAAAUUUCUUACUCAGGCUUUGCCUUCUGGUUUUUAUUUUCAACCGUUCAGAAUAAUCAGAAUGUGUCCUAAUUCUUGUAAUAUCAAUACGAAGCCUUGGCUUUGCAGUGACGUUGAUUAAAUUUGAUUUAAUCUUGAAGUGUCUUAAAUAGCGUGUGCAUGCCACCCCUGUUCAUGUGAUACACUAAUGUUUCUCUAAAAUCUGCAUGUCACAUUGAAAGGAUAGCUUGGCAUGACAUACAGAAUUUGGAAUAAGUAGCAAUGGUAUUUUUUUGCCUUCCUUCGACUCGUCCUACCUCUUAUCCAUAGGCCACAGACGGCAUUGAGAAGCUCAGUUUUCAACCUAUCAACUAAACAAGCAAUGCUGGGUAAUAUUGCUCAUGUUCAUGCCUUGGUUUCUGAAGCUCGUUUUUUAAAACUAACCAUAGUUAACAGUUAACCACAGUUUGUUGUUCAGGUGAUCUAGGAAGCUGUGGUUCAAUGGAAAUGGGUGCUGCCAAGAGUCUCAACCGCAGUUGUUUACUUUGGUGUCUGUACUUGCUGAAAUAGCUGUUUUGAACUCAUUCUCGGUACUAAAAAAUAAAAUAAACUUUUAAAUAAAAA